CCCCCCGACCAGGCGUGUCCCUCCCCCGGCGAAAGUUCCACGCGCGGCCACCGCCGUUACCGCCCGUGUCCUUGUGGAGCCGUGGGAGAUUUGAAGAGGCACGCGAGGUGAUGUUGGUGACGACGGUGAUGAUGAUGGCGAUAGUUGUGGAGUUGUGACGUGCUGCUGCUGGCGCUACAGCUGCUACGGCGUCCCUGCUAUGCCAGGGCUAGUGGCGUGAGAGACGGAGAGGGGAGGAGACCUUUCGGAACGCAGUCGUCGCCAUCGUCUCAGGGGAAUACCGGUGUGGCGUAAGCGGGCGGUGGGGGGGGGGGCAACCAUGGAGGGGGCAGCCACGGAGGGGGGUUCUCGAGAACCUAGAGGCGGUGAUGGCGAGGCGCGAUCGGACACCACGGCAAUGACCAGGAGCCGGCAGGCGCGUUUCACGGUGAGGUCGGCCAGAACUGCGCCGGUUAUCGGCUCCAUCCAGGAGCGUGGGGAGGAGGACUACCAUCCUCACUCGGGCGGCUGGGCCACAGGCGAGCAGCCCGACAGCAGGGCCCGCCAGGCUGCACUCAGCUACACGGGGGAGCCCUCCGCCGAGGCCACGGACAAGAGAGACUGGGGGCACAGGGGGAUGGCGGGCGGUCCGGGGGCAGCCGCGGAGAGCUCUGAGGUUUACUCGCUGCUCCGUCACCGCGGAGAGGACGACGUGGAUCCAGAGCACCCCACAAUCAACAAACCAUCGUAUAGAAGAUUUGCCGCCAUCCCUGUUAACUCCCUGCUGCUCGACCAGAAGGUGGUAGAGCGAGAAGCGUCUAUGCGAGACUGGAACAGCCUGCCAGACGUGGCGUGUGAAGCCAGUGACCAGGCUUCGUCGUGGGAUGCGUGGCCUGGCCCGUCCGAGGGCUGCCCGAGUCGGAGCACAGCCCAGAGACGAGCGCAGAGCGUCUCGCCUCAAGCGUGGAGCGGCGGCAGGGAGACCAAAUACGCGACCAUCAGCUUUUCCCGGCCGCCAAGCUGGGACCAGGACAAGAACCCCGCUUCGUCGUGGGAUGCGUGGCCUGGCCCGUCCGAGGGCUGCCCGAGUCGAAGCACAGCCCAGAGACGAGCGCAGAGCGUCUCGCCUCAAGCGUGGAGCGGCGGCAGGGAGACCAAAUACGCAACCAUCAGCUUCAAUCGGUCGCCAAGCUGGGACCAGGAGAAGUCGCCCGCGACCAUCGUCUACACCCGCCCGUCAAUCUGGGAGCAGCAGCACACGGAGCCUAUAACGAAACCAGGCCGGAUCGUGUCCCUGGCACGAGAGAAGAAGGAGGGAGGUGCAGCAGUCCCCCCCUCGCAGCCCUGGGCUCACCGCCCUCUUCACCAAUCCCCCUCGGACCUCCCGGCCGCCGCGCACAGCGCCAAGGUGAUGGCAGCGGGCGUCUCCAUGACGACGAUCCACGAAAACGAGGAGCUGCCCUCGACCCUGCCGCGCGUCUCGUCCCGCCGCACGCAGGGAGGCUGGGCGGCCACACCGUCUUGGAACACCGUCCCGAGGCACCACUACAGCCACGUGAAAGCAGCCGCUGGAAAUCAAGGCGACCCUGAGAAGCCUUUUCCUCCCUUUCCAAGAAUAUCCGCCGACAGGAAGCCGCUCUACCGCGAGUUCGCUGCCAUCCCAUCCAGACAUUCCCAGGAGGGUGACCACGACGAGAGGCCCUCGAGCGGGGUGAGCUUCGUGUGAGAAGAGAGAAGGGAGCGCUGAGAGCGCUGGGAGCGUCUCGCGUAGCUGCAGACGGCGGUGCACGGCGGCCGCGUCGUCGAAACGGCGCGGGCAGGGAAACCGCGACCGCUCCAACGAACUAUUGGGAAAAAUGUAGCGGAAGAUGGAACUCGGGGAAGAUCAGCGAUUGACGAGCGGUGACUUGGCAUCAGCUGCGUCUCCGCGCAGCAGCAGGCAGUCCCAAUUUAGUCAUCUACAGGAACUGCCCCGUCGACGUGCAACGUCGGGCCAACGUUGGCUGACGUUGGCCCGACGUUCCGUGUUUACGGGGUCCCGUGGCAUUGGAUUGCGCGUUUCAGAAUUGGUUUGCGAUUGCACGUGUUAUCUUACAGAAAGCAAUAUAAAUAAACAUUACGCGCUGUGGAUGGACUAAACGGGCAAAACCGGGGUACCCCACCGCUGAAUUAUUCCGGUGUUUCGAGGACACGGCAGUGUCCACCCUUCAGUGUGCACGGCUUGCUUGCACAACUGCCACCCAGACCUUCUCCCUGCGAAUGCCGUGAGCAUUACGCGGUGGCACCACGUCAUUAUGACGGUCGAGUGGGUCAUCGACUGCCAAUUUUGCAAAAAGUGAAAUAUGUAAACUUCCACUUACAAAGACCGGAUGAGGCUUACGUGUGAAAUACUCGCUCCGUUAUCGAGACGAGAGGCCCUUUGUUGAAGUAUGAAAUAUUAGAAAUCAUCUUUCAGGGGGGACAGGCCUCAGAUAUUUAACCGAUCGUAGACUCACAUUUUGUCCAUUCACAGCCCAGUUGAUUAAAUAUGAAUGCGGACUACUCGCUUUAGUGUUCGUGUUGUGACGUAGGAUUAGGGGUCACGGUUUUGUGAUGAUAAACUGCCUUGGGUUCAAGGCCCAGACCCCUGAGGCCUAGGCAAAGGCCGAGGUCAAGGCCGCAGGCCAAGCCGAGGCCGCGGCCGGGAGGUCUUCAGGUAAAGGCCACCGUCAAGGCCAGAUUCUCUCGGCGGAGUUCAGUGGGGCGGUGACAUGGCUGAGCGGUAGCGUGUUUGCUGCUGAGGUUAGAACCCCCCAGCUGCCCUGGUUAUUACUGCGGAUGUAUUGUUAACCAAGGCUGGUUAGAGGUUGGGUAUACAGUUAGAGCUUAGAGUUAAAAGUUAUGGGUUAGGCAGUCGGGCUUAGGGUUAUGGUUAAGGGUUUAGGAGCUAGGGUUUUGGGUUAGGGUUUUUGGACGAGGUGAGAGUUGGGGACAGUAGUACCUAUGACUGCAUUUCUUGCCCCGCAUCUGCGGAGAUAGUAGUAUCGGCUGCACGGUAUACAGUACGCUACGCACAUACACGGUGUGCCAUGAAUGACUGUGGAUUCAUGGUAUCAAACAGCCGGGACACGGGCCCCAUGUGAGCCCUGGUUUACCAGUAAUAAAAAUUGUUUAUGGUUUAAGUGGCAAAACAUCUAAAUGCAGCCGCCCUUCUGAAAAGGAUUCUUCAAACACAGUGAGGCAUUCUUGGAUAAAUAAAUUGAAUUAUUACAAUUAUUGAGGCUCUCUAUCGAGUUUUUUUUUACACUGUGAGAAGACAUCACGGCCCAGGAAUUGCGUUUGAUGUUAUGGUAUAAAAAGCACUCCCCAAAUUCAAAAAAAAAAAAUUCUUCAAGGACCCAAGAAUGCGAGCUGUGACGAGAUAACAUCUCGCUGAGAUGACGAGAGGUUAUCUCCCUCGCAUGGUAUGCAGGAGGCCUUGUUUUCGAUCCCAACCCUGAAUAUGCCUGUUGUAUAUUGGAAUUUGUGUGUUCUCUUUUAGCGAGUGGAUUUUUUUCUCCGAGUCCUCUUGUUUUCCCCAUCCACAUGAAGAAACAUGUAUUUAUAUUAUUUAGCUGCUACUAUAAAUUACCACGUGCGAUGAUGAUGACGAUAAGACACUUUGAUGAGCUAUCGUGUGUUGUUACCAGGUCACCUCUGAAAAAUAGCUAAUAUCUCAGUGGGCUUUAAAUGGUAAAAUAAACAUAGUAGCAGUAGGGUCGGCGAAGCUCCGAGGUUGAGGCUUGAGUGGUGCAGCGCGAUCGGCAUGGACCCUGGUACAAGGAAUGUAAGUGGGGUCCCCCCCUGUACAAAUUCCUCUCUGAUUCACAGCCUUGGCGCCUGGGCCCGCCAAGCCCAUGUGAGGUCAGAUGCAGUUGCACCGCCCGUACACUCAGUAAAAUAUCAUCAUCACAUACAAUUGUUAUACUCGAUAGUUAUGCCACUGAUCAGCGGCGAAGUCUGUGCAGAGCGCAAAAAGCAGCCAAGUUGAGUGCAAGCGUGGACGCGAAUGUCCACGGCAUGUCCACGUCGUGACGGUGCGGCUAAAGCCUCACGGACGUUCGCCCCGUCGUUGGGUUGACGAUGGAAUCAAGGGCGCAACGCUUUCGCCAGAGGUCUCGCGAAAAGAACCGUCCAUCGCGACGAGAGAGUGCCAAGGAGGGCUUUGCGCAGUAAUAAUGAGUAUUUGUUUUGACAGAGCCGCGCUACUUUUCGCGGUGGCAUCUCAGAGCGCAUUGCGCGCGAUGAGCAACUCGCGUCGCGUCUCAUCUCGCGUCUCAACUCACACGUGUGCAGCACGAGGCCUACAAGCGGGCAUCAGUCUGCCAGCAGGGGGCGAAUAUUGCUGCUUGUGUGUAAUCUCAUUUGCGUAAUUUGGACUCGCAGUGCACACGUGACGCUCUCUCGUGGCAUUUUUGUUGUUGUUAUAGGAGUCCUGCAUGGCGUGAAAACACCGGGUGUCAAUGGGAAAUGUAUAACAGGUCGGCCUUUUGAGUUUGUGUAUAGAAGCGGAAUGUUUAUUUGUACUACUCUGCAGUGUGUAUCUUUCAAUAAAAUGUUGAUUGAAACGUGA